GUGCAGUGAGUGCGUGUCGAGUGCAGAGCGAGCAACCCCUUGGAGAACACACAGUCCCCGCUAACCAGCCCCCCGCACCACCAUGUCCCCGAUGUGCCGCUCGCCCGCGCUCCUGGCUGCGCUGGUCCUGGCCGCCGCGCUGCCCGCCGCCCUCGCCGUGCCCAAGAAGUACGACUCCUCCGGUGGCUUCCUACCUAGCCCCGUGAGCUACUACCAGCAGUCGGGAGACCAGCUGGCCAUGGAGUCGGCCGACCAGGUCCCGGAGGGCAGCAACCCCUCGCCGGCCACCCCGGCGCCCAACGCGGGCGCGGGGCCGGCGGGCCGCUCCGAGGACACGGCCGUGGCGGCGUCCGCCGACGGCAGGCCACAGGAGCCCAGGUUCGGCUUCGUCGGCUACAGCGCCAACGGCGUGCAGGACCCGACCUACGGCACGGCGGCCGGGCCGUACGGCGCGUUGCGCCUGGACCUGGGCGGCGUGCUCCUGGGCGCGCUCAUCGGCCUGGGCGCCUCCCUGGUGCUGCCCAAGCUCAUCCACGGCCUGGCCGCGCACCCGCACGACGGCUACAAACGCAAGAUCGGGCCGCGCUCAGAUGACGAUGUUGCAGGCGAGGUGGAGGGGGACGGCGUGAUGGCCAGCCUGAGCCACAUCCUGAGCCGCGUGGACUCGGCCCUCGCCGAGCAGAACAUCGACUCGACGGCGUGCCUGCAAAGGGCCGUGUGCUCCUACGUGCAGUCCUCAGCCGCGCGCUCCGCCUCGGGGGAGGCCAGCGGCGUCGAGUCCGUCGUCGACACGGCCACCAAGAACUCGCUCGUCGGAUACAUGCUGGAGGGUUCGAGUUUCAAACAGGCCGUAGACACCGGCAGGAAAGGGGGCAACUGUUCGAAGGUGUACUACAAGUGUCCCGUCAACAAGGACAGCUUGGCAGCAGGAAUCAAGAGCUUAAUUUCUGUUGCAGCAUGAACGCCUU